UCGCCGUCAGCUUGCUUUUCCGUUUCCUCUUCCUCGCCGCGACGCUUCUUUCUGCCCCUCCUCACUCCCCAGUGUCCACCUCCGAUUCUCAGCUCUUUCAUCACCGAGCACGCGGGGGCGAGUAUCCGACCGAGCACGCGGGGGCGAGUAUCCUAGGCUAGCGCUUGUCGAGCCCCGCCCCGCAUCCACUCCUCUUCUGCCGUGAAGCAACGACGGCAGGCGGCGGCAGCAGUAGCGGCGAGCCGAGGGCCGAGAGGGAGAAAUGGAGUACAGAAGAGUGAAGGAUCAGGAGAGUUAUGAUGUCAUAUCUCAGAAGGACAUAGAAAGCCCUGAUGGGAGGACUCUUUCUAGCACCACAGCAACUUCCACCCUUGGCGCUGCAGGAGGUCUGAAGGGCAAGCAGAGCUGGAAGCAAAAGUCUGUUGUUACGAUUGCAUUGACAUUACUAACAAGUUCUCAGGCAAUACUUAUCGUGUGGUCAAAAAGAGCUGGAAAGUAUGAGUAUAGUGUCACAACAGCUAAUUUUUCGGUCGAAGCUUUAAAAUGUCUAUUGUCACUUUUAGCCCUGUAUAGAACAUGGAACAGUCAAGGUGUUACAGAAGAUAAUAGGUUAAGUACAUCGUUUGAUGAAGUUAGUGUUUAUCCUAUUCCCGCCAUACUUUACAUGGUAAAGAAUCUGUUGCAGUAUUACAUCUUUGCUUAUGUGGACGCACCAGCUUACCAGAUCCUGAAGAACCUGAAUAUCAUUAGCACUGGUGUUUUAUACCGUAUCAUUCUAAACAAAAAGUUAAGUGAAAUUCAGUGGGCUGCAUUUAUUCUUCUAUGUGCUGGCUGCACUACGGCUCAGCUUAACCCCUCAUCAGACCAUGUUCUUCAAACCCCUAUCCAAGGUUGGAUGAUGGCAAUUGUGAUGGCUCUUCUAAGUGGUUUUGCUGGGGUAUACACAGAAGCUAUCAUCAAAAAGCGUCCUUCGAGAAACAUCAAUGUGCAGAAUUUUUGGCUUUACAUUUUUGGAAUGCUCUUCAAUUUAGUUGCCAUUUGUGUUCAGGACUUCGAUGCUGUCAUGAAUAAAGGCUUUUUUCAUGGCUACUCAUUUAUUACAUUUCUGAUGAUCCUUAACCAUGCACUCAGUGGAAUAGCUGUAUCAGUGGUGAUGAAGUAUGCUGACAAUAUUGUCAAGGUGUAUUCAACUUCAGUCGCAAUGCUUCUGACAGCAAUCAUAUCUGUCUUCUUGUUUGGGUUCCAUCUGUCCCUUGCAUUCUUCCUCGGAUCUACGGUUGUUUCUGUUUCCGUGUAUCUGCAUUCUGUCGGGAAGCCACAGCAGCAGAAAUGAGUUCGGCACCAUCUCUCCAAGAACUGGCAGCGAACGCUUCAAUGCUGCGUCAUGGAACGAUUCAUGGUAGCAAGCAACCCCCAACAUGUUUAACCACAACGGAGAUAGGAAUCUGUUCUUGAGCCAAGUUCCUUUUUGAACUGUCUUGAGCUAUGUUCCGAAGGACUUUAGUUUGAUCGAUAGCCAAAGGCGAUUACCUGUUGAUAUGUGGCAUAUGUCUAGCUCCAUUGCUAUCGUAACCGCAUGAGUGGUGGCAAACCCUCUGUUUACUCUUGCUUUGUGGCCAGAGGCUAGUUUCUUACCUGCGGAGGUCAGCUAGAUGUUUACCUAUACCAGGAUUAUUA